AUGCAAUCUUUAUCCCAUGUCGUCACACUCAACAAUGAAGGCAUCAGCUUCUUGCUUCAGCAAAGGCACAGAGAGGCUAUCCAUAGAUUCAUAAGCGCUCUCUCAAUGGUCAAGCAGCUGCUUGCUUUCCCACAAAAUCGAGUUACUGAUGAUGACCUACCACAAUUCAUUCAUGAAAGUACGUACGUGAUACCAGGACUACAAGACACUAGCUGCUUCAUCUUCGCAAACGCUAUUACGCUAUCUCCACAAGCUAUCAGCGACUGUCCGAUAUCGGAAAGCAUUGCGAAUGAAAUUGCUUCCGUUAUCCUGCUAAAUGUUGCUCUGGCAUACCAUCACGCUGGCCUUACGGAGGGAGUUGCCUACAUAAAAAAAGCAGAAAGUAUGUACGAAACUGCAAACCAACUUAUCGCUGUCAACGAAAGAAGGCAGGGAACCGGUCUUCUUAUCAAAGCAGCGGCAACUAACAACCUUGCGCAAAUCCGCCAUGGCCGUGGCGACUACUCCCAUUCGUUGGAGGGGUUCAAAUACCUUGGAUCUUUGUUUGCAAGCUUUGGUGAAGUCCUUCAAAGUUCAAAGUGCGAACAUGAAGUAUACCGAGGUAUGCUAAUGAAUGCUUUGCUAGUCACGCCGCCAGACUUGGCGGCUGCUGCAUAG